GUCCUGCUACCUUGCCUUUCAGGGAAAGCACCUGGUUCGAAUGCGAACUAAAGAAUAUAUAGGACCUCAAACCAGUGCAUGUGGCUUUAACCCGUUUCAUGUUCGCAAUGGCCCUGUGAGGGAGGAGGCGAAACAGAAAGAUAGUGAGCCAUCCUGCGUCACCGUAACUGGGAUUUGGACCUGAAGCCCAGCAGUCCCAGAGUUUCGUCAACCUCCAAAGCGUGCCUGUGAAUACCACUUCUGUGUAUAUGUUCUCACGCCCUGUGACUUCCUUGGAGCGUCUUGCUAUGGAGGCUGUACGCUGGGCAUUUUCCUGUAGUGCCUGGGUCCCUUGUCGUGAGGAUUGGUUGCUGGCCAUGCGCCUUGUACAGCCUGAAGAGAAAGAGCGCAUUGAGCAGUUUGUCUUCGGGCGUGACGCCAAGGCUGCUAUGUCUGGUCGUCUGCUGAUAAGGAAAUUAAUUGCAGAAAAACUGAAAAUUCCUUGGAAUGAAAUCCAGUUACAACGGACUUCAAAAGGCAAACCUUUUCUCGCAAAUGAGUUAAGCAGCUCCCAUUCCAGUUUCAGCUUUAAUGUUUCUCAUCAGGGGAAUUAUGCCGUUCUUGCCGCCGAGCCUGACUGUCAAGUUGGCAUUGAUGUUAUGAAGACUAGUUUGCCAGGAAGCGGUUCAAUUCCUGACUUCUUUCGUAUUAUGAAAAGGCAGUUUACGGAGCAAGAAUGGAGAAUAAUCAGGUCCAUGAAUAACGAAUGGCUUCAGUUGGAUAUGUUUCACAGGCACUGGGCAUUAAAAGAGAGCUUCAUAAAAGCUAUUGGCGUUGGAAUAGGUUUCGACCUUCAAAGGAUUGAGUUUAAUGUCUCCCCAGUGCAGCUGGAAGUGGGGAAAACAUAUAAUGAGACAAUUCUGCUCUUGGAUGGUGAAGAAGAAAAGGAGUGGACUUUUGAGGAAACCCGUUUAGAUGACUCCCACCAUGUUGCAGUCGCUCUGGGACAGCCAGGAGAGUUUGGGCAGAAGCAUGCUGGGGCACUCUCCACCAGAGUAAUCAGGACUCCUUUUACAGUGCUGACUUUUGAUGAUUUAGUUGCCUCUGCCGUUCCUCUUGCACCCGAAGACCCUGCCUGCUGGGAUAACUUUUGUUCUAGGCAGGAAUCGCCAGCACGGCAGAGUUCUAGUCCAAGAUAAAAGAGGCUGUGUUUACAAGUGAAGGAGCUGGAAGCACUCAAAGGCCACGUGCUGCUCCUCUACCAGCCGUUAGUGUGUGUGUGUGGGGGGGGUGCAUGUAUGGAGGUGCGUGUUUGGAAAAAUAGCUAAAAUCAACUUUGUGUGUAGCAUUUUGAUUGUUCUGUAUGGACUUAUGGACUUUUAAAACACUUUCUCCCCUGAAACUGGAAUCAGAAGAGGAAAGCAGUCAGUUUUUCUGCAUUUGGACUAUGUUCGUACAGUUAUCAGGCCUUUGAGUCCCUUCUUUAUAGAUUCUGUUCAGCUGACACGCUAAGCCAUGGUGGUUAAUCAUUUUGAGCUAAACAUUGUGGCUUAGCAUGUUGUGUGAACUGUGACUUAGUGUGUCGUGUGAACCAUUGGUAACAUGGUGGCUACAUAACUAUGGUUUAAACAGGCUCACUAACCAUUUGCUGCAGAAUGGUUUGGUGCAUUUCCUGACACCUCGGAGAGCCACUGCCAAUGAAGAGUAGUCAGUUUUGGACUGGAUGAACAAAUAGGUCUGACCUGGUACAAGGCAGUAUCUUCCUAUAUACUUCAGCACCUUGGACAGAUCCCAGAGAUUUAUAUCAGCCUUCUCAAACCUGGUGCCAUGCAAAUGAUUUGGACUGCAACUCCCACAGCCCCAGCCAGCACUACCAAUGGUCAAGAAAGCUGGAAGUUAAGAACAUAAGAAAUGCCAUGCUGGAUCAAACUGAGGGUCCAUCUAGUCCAGCACUCUGUUUAUACAGUGGCCAAACAGCUGUUGACCAGGGACCAACAAAGCAGGACAUGGUGCAACAGCACCCUCCCACCCAUGUUUCCCAGCAACUGGUGUAUAUAGGCUUGCUGUCUCUGAUACUGGAGGUAGCACAUAGCCACCAGGGCUAGUAGCCAUUGAUAGCCUCCAGGAAUUUGUCCAACCCCUUUUAAAGCCACCCAAAUUGGUAGCCAUCACUACAUCUUUAGGACAUUGUAUCUUCUGACAACUUGUCACACUGUUGACUCUGUACUGGGCCAGACUCACUUUGCAAACUCCCCUAUCCCCUGAACAUUUUUAAAGGAUGGGUCCAAGCAGAAGUAAAAGCCCACCAUUUCUGGGGAACAGCAAACUUCAAGGGAGAUUCCAUGAAAGCCCCUCUCUUGCUAUCACCAUCUGAGAGCAACUCUUCUUUGGUGUCCAUUCAACAUUACACCCUUCUGCAGUGUGCCGGCGGAGAUAUCAUGGGCUUUGCCAUCAGCACGCUUUGUUAUUUCCAGCUCCUGAGCAGCAAGCAAGGCACCCAGGGUCAACACCUCUAGCCCAGCAUUAUGGGGCUAUUUGUGGUCAUCCUUAUGAAAAGCCUGGGGGGGGAGCUAUUCAGUGAUGUUUUUAAUAAGUUGGCUGCAAGGCUGAUGCUGUCUAUGUAUUUAUUGCUUGGUCACUUCUCAAAAUAGUCUCUGUACAGGGUUUGUUUUAUGGUUGACUCUAUGAUUAGCAGCCUCUUGGAUCAACAGUGUACAGAGCAGGUGGUACAGGGACCAGAGCAUUUGAUGCACGUGGGUUUAUUGCGCUUUGAUUUCAGCAAUAAAGCACACUUUUUGCACACAUAAAUCUCAGGAUCCAUCAGCCCUUGAGUUAAUAUUUGUUGUGUAACCAGGCUGGGAAAGACCUCUGCCUGGGAUUUUGGAAUCUGCUAAUUGGAGUAGACCAGUCCUGGGGAGACAGUAGAUCAGGCUCUAUGGUUAGACCUCUGGGUGAUGUACAGUAGAUUGUCAAGGUUUUCUGAC